AUGCUCUGUCGAAACUCUUCGACGCGCCAAAAAGUUCAUCCAAUUGCCGCAGUUCAACCUUGGACUCUCGAUAUUGAAAAAAAUGGGAUUAUGGAAACUUGUCGUGAAUUAGGUAUCAUUAUAGUAGCAUAUAGUCCACUUGGACGCGGGUUUCUAACAGGGAGAUAUAAAUCUUUUGAUGAUUUAGAACCGGGUGACAUUAGAAGAACUCAUCCUCAAUUUCAACCUGAAAAUUUUGCUAAAAACCUAGAACUUGUACAUAAAUUCAUGAAUUUGCUAAAAAGAAAAUCCAUGAUGAUAAUUGUUGUUAUCCCCGGUACAAAGAAAGUUAAAUAUUUAGAAGAAAAUCUUGGGGCAAAUUAUUGA